AGCUCGAUGAAUGACGCAUCUGCUCAUUUGUUCAGGAAUAAAAGGAAAACACAAUAAUCUCCCGAGUUUUAGAAAUAUUUUCUUAUUUAUACAAGCUCCUGCGCGACGUUGUGUCCCUAAAACAUUUUAGCCAGCUGAGCAAGCUGUAGCGUCGGGCUACAAAGAUGAGUUUCUUUGGAAAGUUGUUUUCUGGCAAAAAGGGCGAACCAGCCCCAACGCCCAGUGAAGCCAUUCAGAAGCUACGCGACAUCGAAAAUAUGCUCACGAAAAAGCAGGAGUUUUUGGAGAAAAAAAUUGAUGUGGAGCUCGAUACGGCAAGGAAAAAUGGUAGCAAAAACAAACGGGCGGCUCUACAGGCGCUGAAACGAAAGAAGCGAUACGAAAAGCAGCUACAACAAAUAGAUGGCACACUAUCGACGAUCGAAAUGCAACGAGAGGCCCUGGAGAAUGCAAACACAAAUGCGGAAGUGCUCAAGACUAUGAAGAAGGCUUCCGAUGCGCUUAAGGUUACUCAUAAGGAUAUGAAUAUCGAUGAUGUACACGACCUGAUGGAUGAUAUCGCCGAGCAAAACGAUAUUGCGAAUGAAAUCUCUAACGCUGUGUCGACCGCGGUUGGAUUCGGACAGGACAUAGACGACGACGAGCUAGAAAAAGAGCUCGAAGAGCUGGAGCAAGAAGAGCUUGACAAAGAGCUGUUGGGAGUGCAACCAGAGACCGACGAACUGCCCGAAGUUCCUUCCACUAACUUGCCCACUAAGGCAAAGGAAAAGGAGAAAAAGAAGGCCGUUGCUGAGGAAGAUGAUCCGGACAUGAAGGAGCUAAUGUCCUGGGCUAACUAAAUGUGACGGGCUUGGUACAUGAUUCGCACUGUUCGUUGCUAAAUACCGUACGAUAUCCCUAAUAGCCCAGCUAUCGUCCUCACCUUGGCCGUUCCGUAGUGUGUGGUUGAAAACUUAUGUUGAUAAUUUACUUUUAUUACAUCGCUUAAACAGUGCAACAUAGAUUACUCCAGUGUGUUGAUUGAAAGGACACGUAGUGGGUGCCGGCGAAAGACGUAGGAUCGAUUGACAGUGGAGCGUUCUCAAUAAAAAUUCAAUACAACAUCUUGAAUUGUUAUGAAAACAUCCAA